AUGGUCGAACAAGCUUCGAUUCCAACGCAAAACAAGGUUUUAACCGGUGCCCCGUCUAUCAAGAUGGUGCGACAACUUUCUAAUUCGAAUAACAGUGACGAUGAAGGUAUUACGGAGCCCCUGGCCAUCAUCUCCAAAAAGCAGCAAGACUUUAUUUCCUUCCCUUUGAUUGCCGAUCCAGAAGUACCCAAUAACAAAUCAUUUUCUGGUUUGAUAUCUAAAACGCUUCGUAAAGUGACGAAUAAUGCUACUAAAUUGGUUGAAAACUAUUCCGGCACCCUGCAUGAUUUGCUGACGCCAAAACACAUUGAAAGCAGUGAAUCCAUAACCUCAAUCGCCCAUGGCGAUCAACAUCUAACCUCAAUCGCCCAUGGCAAUCAACAUCUAAGCUCGGUCGGCUCCCGUCCAGUAGCCAAUGAGACUGACUCGCGUAUACUACCCCUGUCAAUCGCUCAUAUAGACAAAAGCGAUGAAAACUUUUUACAAGAUCCAGUUUCAAAUAUUCAAACAGACAAGGAUGUUACAAUUAAUCAGCGGCAUAUGGUCAACGAUGCUACAGCUAAUCAGCGGCAAAUGGUCAACGAUGCUACAAUUAAUCAACGGCAAAUGGUCAACGAGGCUACAAUUAAUCAACGGCAAAUGGCCAAGGAAGAACAAAGUCGGCCAAAGGCACAACCAUCACAAGCUCAAAGUCUCUCCCAACUUGCAAAAUUGACUCAAAAGAGUGGAUUACAUCAUAUUCCCGAAAGUAUUCAGCUGCUGCUGUCUUUAAGUACCACCAAUAAGGUUCAUAAAGUGUCAAAAGAGGUAAGUGGCUCAAAAGUGACUUCAGAUAACAAAAGUUUGAGGCUAUCUAAUUUGCAAUUCCCCAAAUCGCAGUCAAUUAAUCCAAGUGCAACAAGCUCAGUUGUUAAUAUAAAUGCCCUGGCGACUGUUGAUGUUCCUGAACUGUCUGCCAGUAACAACACUAGCAUUAGUAGCAGUAAGAAUCGCGAUCAGGGUCGAGCGCAGCAAGACUUGGAUCUGAAGACCAAAAAGCCAAGUCUAAAGAAAAAGAUUUCAACAAUGUUUAACAAUUUACCAAACGAUAUUGAAUUCUCUGAGGAUUCAGCUUCAGAUCUGGAUACCAUGGAUGAUAUUGUAGAAAAUGAACUCCCUGUGGUGGUCCAGAAAGGUGCUAGUGCCACUACUGCUAGUGCUACUACUGCUAGUGCUACUACUACUACUACUACUGCUGCUGCUGCUGCUACUGCCACAGCUACAGCUACAACUACAGCUACAGCUACUAUUGCUCCUAAUUCAUCAAAUGGAACUACUACUCCACCUUCAAAAACAAACACUAAAACUCAGUUUCAGUACGAUUUCGGUUCACGAUAUAGUGGAUCCAUUGCAAAGUCCUCCCCAGUUAAAGCAGAGAUCAAGAACAAGGCAACAUUUACAACAAAAACUGUAGGACAAUCACCAACUUUAUCCUCAUUUCAAGCACUUCAAGAAAAAAAUCACAAUGCAUCUAAAAAGAAAUCCUCGAAUUUCUCGUCAAUCAUACUCGAUAAUGCUAAAACAAUAAUUAAUCAAAACAUAGGUGCUGUCGCAUCUUCUACUUCAUCGAUAGUUGGUAAAAAAAAGAAAAAAAAGCCAAAAAGAGUCUCAGAAAACCCAUUGAAAAAUGGAGGUAUUCCCAGAAAGUAUUGGAUGAAUGAUGAUUUUGUGGUUGACUGUUUAAAUUGUUUCAAGCCAUUUACAGCUUUCAGGAGGAAACACCAUUGCAGAUUUUGUGGCCAGAUUUUUUGCUCGGAUUGUAUGCUAUUUGUCUCAUAUACACAGCACAGAGAUGAGAGGAACAAUAUUACUCAAAACAAGAAGCCCUACAAUGAUAAACUUCGUGUUUGCAAGCCAUGCUACAGCGAUGUUAUUAUAUAUCUAAGUGAUGCUUCAUCGGGGUCUGAAACAGAGGAAGAGGGUGAACUAGCAACUGAGGAGCUUCAAACCCCAGAAAAGAAAAGCGGCGAUCAUUUAAUUCCUAACAACCCUUUGAUGAGAGUUCGAUCUUUAUCAUUAAGUUCAUUGUAUCGAGGGAGUUUGCAAGGAGAUGACAUCAAUAAAAGUGGUCUGCAAAAUGGUGCCAGUAACGAGACGUCUUCAAUGAAGGAUGGAAGCUCUCCCUGGCAUGGUCAUUUCAUUUAUCCCGAUGAGUCGAUAAAGUCUAAUCCAAAACAAGCACCACGUAUGGCUAUUCCAACUACUCGUGCCGGAGAGUCGGUUGAGAUACCUAUAGUGAGGAAUUCAUUCACGAACUCAAGUAUUUUACGAAAUUUUAAUAAAAAUUCCACAUCGAAUUACAAAAUAGAAGCGUUAUCGUCAAGAAACACAACUCAGCAUCCUCAUAUGAAUUUGGUAACACCGGCUACCCAGCACCUGCUUCUUCAGCGCCAAUACCAUUCCCACCAAUAUCCGCAUGCUUCAUUUGAAACACCAGUUUCAAGCAAGACAUGGCUAAAAGCAGCUCAAGGAACAAAUAAUACAGGUAUUUUUAUGAGCCGCAGUUUUGAUAAUGCCAGUACUCUCUAUAGCAAUUUUAUUACUCGGAAGCCUUCGUUCAAACAGAAGUUGCAUUCCGAAACAAGGAAUCCCGAUGCAAUGAAUUGCUCGUAUGAAGAGAAUGACGGACAUCAUACUGACACUGAAAGCACAGAUAGUGCUAGCGAGGAGGAGUUGAAUGGCAUUGAAAAUGGAUUGAGUGAAACAAAUAGUGAAGAGGAAGACAAUAAUGCAAUGUCGUUAUAUGCCUCUCUUAAUGACCUGUACAAGUAUGGUUCAACUCCAUUAGCACAAAACAACUAUAUAUAUGGUAGCUCAACCACAUCGGUACCUACAUUGGGAGAGUUCCCGGCAUUAAAGAGCUUUUUGGGAGAUAAAUUAGAAUUGAAUCAACCUGUUUCCAACAAUGCUAACACGCCAAAUGUAUUGUUUGCCGAUACACAAAGACGGCCUGAAAAUAUUCGUUCUCGAGCAAGAGCAAAUGCAUCUCUUCAACGUAUGAAAUCAAGAAGGCAGAGUAGGGCGACUAGAAAUGUUCUGAUUUUAACGCAUAAUAACAUUCGUUUACCAAGCAUGGAAUCUCCAAAUCAUCGAAGCCAUUUCACAUCACAGCUAGUACCUGUAUCAUCAUCUUCUUCACCUCCCCAGCCACCGGCUUUACUGCCACCUCAACCACCACCACAACCACCACCACCACCACUAACAACAUUUGCAUUACCAGAAAACACAAUUCGUUCAAAUCUUACUAGCACAAUUAGUCAUGCAGAUACAUACUCAGACUCAAAUAGCAGUUUAUCAAAUCAGAAUGGAACUGAGAUAUCGCAAAUAGAGACUGGAAUGUCUACUAGUACUGUUUUGGAGCCACGUAGUAACAACAUCGAUUAUUUCACGUAUGAUAGCAGUCAGAGUCCAGUAAGAGAAGGAAUGAAUUUAGAAAGUAACUUUAGCAAGUUUGAUAGACCUGAACUAUACAAAAAGCAUUUGAAGGAUGUAUUGAAGCAAUCGUUAGACGACUGUGAUGUUAUUGAUCAUCAAGAUAAAUGGAUGUCAGUUCUCAAUAGGGUAUUGAGCAAUGUGAAUUUAAUAAAGUUAACUGAUACCCUUGAUAUUCGUCAGUAUGUUAAAAUUAAACGUAUUUUGGGUGGAAAGAUUGAACAAACGAGUAUUAUUGAAGGAUUAUUUAUGACCAAGGAUGUUGACUCGAAGCGAAUGUCCACUGUAAUAGAAAAUCCACGUAUUGCUUUGCUUAUGUUUCCUGUGGAAUAUUUGAAGCAAAGAGAGCAAUUUAUAAGCUUACGGAUUAUUCAUGCACAGCAAUCAGUCUAUAUUACCAAUUUGGUUUCUAGAAUUAUCUCUUUGGAGCCCGAUAUUAUUGUUGUGGGAGAUACCGUUUGCGGAUUAGCAGAGAAAUUGUUGGAAGAAGCAGGUAUUACUGCGAUUUCUAAUGUUAAGCCACAAGUGAUUGAGCGCAUAUCACGAUACACUAAUGCGGAUAUUUUCCAAUCUGUUAAUGAUCUUUUUUUCAAAAAGGGGAAUUUGGGCCGCUGUGCAAAGUUUGAAGUGAAGCGGUACAAAUACCAAAACAUUGUAAAGACAUUUACCUUUUUCAGUGGAACUAAUAUUCAGCUGGGAUUUUCCAUUUGCUUGCGAGGCGGAGACGAAGAAUUAUUAGGCAGCAUCAAAUACACCGCGGAAACAUUAACACCAGGCUACUUAAAUGCUCGAUAUGAAAAGAGUUUUUUUGGCAAUAUGCUCUUAUGUUUUGAUUUUGAUAAUUUGAAUAAAUGUGAAAACUUGGUGAUGGUCAACGAUAUAUUAGAUGAGUUGCAAAAUAGCGAAUAUUGGGGCAAGAUUGAGCCUGGUUUGGACAGUGGGGAGGAAGUCAUAAAGUACAUUGAUUUAUUCAAUACGAGGAAACUUUCUUUGUCCCCGUGUGUCCAAUUUUCACUACCAACGCCCUUGGUAAAUUUAGUGGUAUCAUAUCGCAACUACUUUCAAUCUUUUGUCCGGGACAAAUCUUUGCAAGAACUUGCUGAUGUGGGCACUGUUGAUUCUAGUAUAAUGGAAAAUCUAAACAUAACCGUUACUAGUGCCGAUCUACCUAGGAAAGAUAAAGACUUGCUCGAGAUAUUAAAGUGCACAAGUGCGCACCAAUUAAAGCUUGCACUAACUGAGCUUCAAACUCGAGCUCGUAUUUGGUCAAAUUGCGUAAAGUAUACUUCGUAUCAACUUAUUCCGAUUUUCCAUCGCAACAUUUACUUUUUGCAUUCUACAAUUUCCAUAAAGCAUGCGACGCCAUGUUCAGGUCCAAAUAUUGUAGUUGUUGAUUAUUACACCGAUAAUGAUAAAUGUUUAGGAUUGUUUCUUGACCAAACGAUUAAUGAUAGCUCCAGGGUUUGUGAUGAGUGUGGGGAAUUGCUUUUUGAUCAUUACAAAACUUAUGUGCAUGGGAAUGCAAAGAUAGAUUUUAUUACGGAAGAGUAUGAUAUUAAGUUAAGUGACAAUGGCGAUGGCAAUGGUAUUACUACUCAAGGGAAGAAUCAAAGAAUUAUGUGGAGUUAUUGUAAAGAGUGCAAUUAUGUCACACCAAUUAUGGCAAUGAGUGACGAGACUUAUUACCUUUCCAUUGGCAAAUUUUUCGAAUUGAACUUUUAUGGACAAAAUGUCAAGGGAGGUUGUGAGCAUGAUUAUUUCAAGAAUUAUGUAAAAUGUUUUGGAUUCAAUGAUUUGAUAAUCCGGAUAGAAUAUUCAAAAAUUGACAAUUAUGAAAUUGUUGUUCCAAAGAAGCAACUCCAGUUUAUUGUUGAUAUUGAUAUAAAACUUAAAUUGGAAGCAUUCAAAUCUAUAAAAAGUAAAGCCCAAGCAUUUUUUGACUCUAUUUUAAACCGUUUAAAUAGAGUCAAGUUGGACACUUUUGUCAAAGCCGAAGAUGGCACAAAAGAGAUUUCAGAGUUGAAGAAGAAAGUAUCAAUUGAUUCUCAAAUGAUUUACAACAAGUUGCAACAAAAGUACGAAGAUAUAAGUGUCACUAGUUUUCUCGAGUUGAACAGCAUUUAUAGAGAUUUGCAAAAGUUGGGUGUCAUUUGGGAUAAUGAGUUUAAUGACUUUGAAAAGAAGUAUUUACCGAAUGAAAGUGAAGUUAAUAAAAUCACCCAAUUUCAUUUGAGGAAGUUUUUGAUGGACAAGCACAGCGAUAAAGCAGUGGAUGAGACCGAGCUACCGAAAGGUGAUGGUGAUGACAAGCGAUUGGAAAAAGUAGAUUUUCAACAACCUGCCAAGGAUACAGCAACUCCAAACCAUUCUAGUCUACCGGUUUCUGAACAAGCAAUACCAAGAAGUCAAACCUCCGCCAACGCCGCCACCACUAUAACGUUAGAGAAGUCUAAAACUUUGAAAGACGAUGAUGAAAGUGGUGGAAAAAUGAAUUGGAAUGGAAACAGAAACGAAUUGGAUUCUACUAGACUACUACCUGAAUUUGUUCCUCGCAAGCCGAAGGAAGUACAGGAUGAUAGAAGACCUUCAGAUCCAAAUCUUGAAUUUAAAAUGUUUCCUGCUAAUUCAUUAUAUGGGCAAACUUCUAAUAUAUCUGAAAGGAUUAGUAAAUGGGAACAAACUGCCUCAGAGACCUCAACAAUGAAACCGAAUGAAAUUGAUUUGACCCGUAUGGCUUCUGAUAGCUCACUAAACACUGUUAUCCCGUCGCAAAAUAAAGUUAUACACUUGGCCAAUUUCUUUGACAAGAUGUAUUAUGAUCAAAUCUCUCUUGAGUUUUCGAAACAGAGAGAAUUUGAAAUGAAAAAGAGAAGCCGCAUAAAAGCUCAACCUAUUUUGGAUAGUAAACCUAUUGUGAAAAUAUAUAACAAAAUCGAAGAUGUUGUUGGAGAUUCUGAGCUAGACGAAAAGAAAAAGAAUACUGAAUCCGAAUCCGAAGCCAAAUCCAAAUCUAAACAAGAUGACGGAAAGGAUAAAGAAGAGCAACCUUCACAACCUAAGCAAGUCGAUAUACCUGAAAAGCAGUCCUUGUUAAAAUCGUUAACCAAUUUUUGGGCAGAUAGAUCUGCCACCUUGUGGGAGCCAUUGGCGUAUCCAUUAGAAAGUCACGAGCAUACGUUUGCAGAUAGUGAUGUUAUUGUUAGAGAAGAUGAGCCAAGUUCAUUGGUAGCUUUUUGCUUGAGCUCCAAUGAUUAUACGCAAAAAAUGAAAAGUUUAUACGAGCAAGGUGAGGUUGACCCAAGUGAGCUGAAGGAUGAUUUACGUCCAAAGAAACUGACAAUUAUUGAUUACUCUAAAAGCCAAGAGCCGCAGAGUGAAGUAGUAGUUGCAGCUGAUGGGAACCACCUUGGAUCUUCUCAGCACCAACACUCUAUUGAAGAACAAAAUGAAGAAGGUCUAGAAGACAAUGAUAACCGAGAUGUUAAUGUAGAAACCAGUAGUAAAGAAAACCUGAGUGAUAAUUUGAACAGAUACAAGGAUUUUGGAUUUGGGUUAAACUCAAAUGACAAAAAGAAGCAUAUUCAAUUUGCAAAGAUUGAGAAAAAAUUCAAGCAAAAGAAUCCUCAAACUUUUGGUAAGGAAAGCCAUUUGGAAGCAGUUUUGAACAAAAAGGAGUCGAACCAUUUAAAGUACCAGUUCAGUGAUGGAAACACCAACUUAUCAUGUAAAAUAUUCUACAGUGAACAGUUUCAAGCGUUGAGAAGAUUAUGUGGAGUACAAGAUAGCUUUAUCCAAAGUUUGAGUCGUUGUGUCAAAUGGCAAUCCAAUGGCGGGAAAAGUGGAUCGAGUUUCUUAAAGACCUUGGACAAUCGGUAUAUUGUGAAGGAGUUGAGUAAAUCUGAGCUUGAGUCAUUUGUUUCCAUUGCUCCUUUUUACUUCAAAUAUAUUGGGCAAUCGAUGUUUUACACUUUAACCACGGCGAUUGCAAAAAUAUUUGGAUUUUACCAAGUUGAAAUCAAAAACAAUACAACCGGUAAAUUAUUCAAGAUGGAUUUUUUGAUUAUGGAGAAUUUGUUUUAUAAUCACAAAACAACUAGAAUAUUUGAUUUGAAAGGAUCAAUGAGAAAUAGACAUGUUCAACAAACGGGUAAAGAAAAUGAAGUUUUAUUGGAUGAGAAUAUGAUUGAGUAUAUUUAUGAAUCGCCAGUGUUUGUUAAGGAGCAACUGAAAAAGUUAUUAAGAGGCUGUUUAUUCAAUGACACUAGUUUCCUUUCAGCGAUGGAUGUAAUGGAUUAUAGUUUAGUGAUUGGGAUUGACGAUACUACAAAAAAGCUUUAUAUUGGUAUAAUUGAUUGGUUAAGAACAUUUACAUGGGAUAAAAAAGUUGAAAAUUGGGUCAAAGGAAACAAUUUGAUUGGUGGUGGUAAGAAGGGUAAGGACCCAACUAUUGUUACUCCCAAACAGUACAGAAUUAGGUUUAGAGAGGCCAUGGAGAGAUAUAUUUUGGAAGUGCCUGAUAUUUGGUAUGAGGGGAGUAAGUAA